AAAACCCGCCGCCGAUCGUUAGGUGUUCAACCGCCUGAUAUCACUAACUCUCAGGGACUCGCUGCAUUCUGUUUAGGUAUACAACCUAUAGAUGGAGGAAUUGGUAUAAUUGGACAGAAGUUGAUGAUGGAUUAUCGCAUUGUGUUUGACAUGGAAAACUUGAAGGUGGUUUGGUCUCAUUCCAAUUGUCAAGAUGUUAGUGACGGUAAGAAAGUUCAUAUUACACCACCUCCAAGCGAUAAAUCGCCAAACUCAAUGCCAAACAAUGACCAACAGAGCACCCCUAGACCUCAUGCAGUUGCACUGUUGCCUGGAGGACUACCUGCAAUGAAGGUUAAAAUAGACAUUUACUAG